UCUUCAUAUUGUCUAUAGAAUGUCGUUAAGUUGUUCAAUUCCAUCUACUAUAUAACUGUCACCCUUAGGUAUAUUUUCAUUAGUUUGCAUUAAUUUUAAUGGAGCCAAGUAAAGUUCCAAAAACAUUUGGUUGUUUUCCACAAAAGGGUCUAAUUUUAAAACUAAGUAGCUUUCGUUCCAAGCAUAGCACCCGUUCAAACGAUAGUAGUUAUUCUCCCACAUUAAUUAUGUCUCCUAGAUCUCCAAAACCGAAAACCAGCAACCGAGAACAAGAGUUUAGAUCGGUUUUUGCUCGUUUUGAUGCCGAUAAAGAUGGAAAGAUAUCAGCAUUAGAACUUCGGUCAUAUUUUGGUUCCAUUGGAGAGUACAUGUCUCACCAAGAGGCUCAGGGUGUGAUAGAUGAGUUAGAUACUAAUAACGAUGGGUUUAUCGAUUUUGACGACUUUAUGAGGCUCAUGAAGGUGAACGAUGAAGAGCAAGGCGACGUGAAGGCGGCGUUUGAGAUGUUUGAGUACGAGAAAGGGUGCGGACGGAUUAGCCCAAAGAGCUUGCAAAAAACAUUAAGUCGACUUGGGGACUCCAAGACAUAUGAUGAGUGUUUGCAUAUGAUUAAGAUGUUUGAUACUCAUGGUAAAGGGACUGUUGAUUUUAAUGAGUUUCAACAGAUGAUGAUGGCCUAAUUAAAUACUCGUAUAUUGUAUUAGUUGUAAAUGUGUCCCUAUAAAUUGUAAAUGUGUUUGCAUAUAUAUAUAUAUAUAUAUAUGAUUAAGAUGUACGUUGAAUGAGCUGUUAAUCAGUAAAGGACAUGCAUGUAUGAUUAUUUACUGCCAAA